AGUCUGUGCCGAGUCUAAACAGAAUGAAAGUGUUUUUAGUAUUCUGCGUAACCAUCGUUAGUUCAGUUCGAGGAGAAGCUGAUUCCACGUUGUUGGUGGAUCUAAUCCACGAGACAUUGCCAGACGAGAUUCGGGAUCAGCUCGUACAUGAGCUACAACAUCACGGACCAAAUUUUGACCUCUCUGCUGAGCUUCAUGACAAAAUCCGCAAACAUGUGACCUUAGUGAAAUCGUUGGUUCCUACCCAAGAUGCGAUCGACAAUUUCCUGUCCAACUUUCCGGACAGCAAACAUCUCGAAGCAACGAGCAUCAUUCAGGAGGCACUUAUUCUCGGAAUAUCGGAAACAAAUACUGCCGGACCGACUGCAGCGUGACAUCCUAGAAGAGCUGUUUCUGAAAGGCGGCCUGGAGCACAUGUCUCCGGAACUACGCCGAAAAGUGCACGACGAGAUGCAACGUGUCCGUGAGAACUAUGUGCUUCCUCCGGCUGCCAAAAUAGAGCAGUUUUUGCAGCAUUUUCCACCGUCGUUACGGGAUGAGCUGCGACAAGUUUUGGAACAAACGCAAGCGAGUGGAAGACUUCCCGAAGCGGAUGAGGAGCUACGUCAGAAGGUAGCCGGAUAUAUGGAGGAACCCGACUUAUCGAGAACGAAGAAAAGACCUCCAAAAAGGGACGACUCAGUUCUGAGUGUAGAAAAUUUGGAUUGUGUUUUCGACAUGCUGCCCAACACCAUCAGAAAUGAGCUGCAACAGAUUGUAGCGUCGAGAGAUGUACACAUUGUUCCAGAAACAGUUGAUAAGAUAAAGCAUCAAUUAGGCGACUACUUGCGAAAACAGACAACGAUUGACAAACAAAGCUAAUUCUGGAAUAAAUUUACUCACCCAGUU